UCCCACUGUACGAUUCAGAGGACGGAGGGGUAUUCAUCGAGUGAGAUAUGUCAGGGAGAGGCCUGAACCCGUCAGAGAUGCUGUACUGAGGGGCAAUCGCCGAGCCCAGAGAGUGAGAGAUCCGGAAAGCAAGGUGGAGAUCCUCCAAAAGCUGCUGACAAUUGUGCAGACAAUUCUUCAAAUGUAAAAGUUGUAAGGUGUUAGCUGUGACAUUUUGUUUUAUUUUAUUUUAUUUUAUUUUUAAUCACAUGCAAAAUGGAGCCUGACCAGUCUUGUAUAAUUCCCAUACAAUUAGUUAUUGCUGUAGACGAUGUAAACGGGGAUCCACUGCGUUUUGUAACACCAGCGCUUGCUGAAGCCAUCCAAGAGUUAAAUCAUAAUAAUCCCCACCCAGACAAUCGUCCUGAUCAACCUCAUUUAAAUAACGGCAACACAGAGACAGCACAACCAGAGCCUGCGAGUGAUUACUUUCAGCCGUUAGAAAGGGCCUUACAAGAGCUUGAUAAUCAUAACCAUAAUGACAUUCAACCGGUAGAAAAUACCUUAUUACAAGAGAUUGAGAACCAUGACAUUCCCCCGUUAGAAAACCCCUUACCGCCAAUAGACCCCCAUGACAUUCAGUCGAGGAGACGCGAUCGCUUUGGGAAUUUGGAAUUCCGUCAGACCUUUAAAGUACCUCCCAUAGCGAACGUCGGGGAUUUGGCGCAAUUUUAUGAAGAUGUUUUGAAUCAUUUUAACGCCUUAGCUGAGAGAGUGAGACCUGAGGUUAGACCUAAUGACCUCGUACAGGUUGAAAUAAUAGCGGAAAAUGCACAGGAACACGAUAUCAUUCAAGUCGGUGAUACGGGCGUUGACUUUCAGAACGUUUUUGAAGGGUUACUGGAGAGAUUGAUACAAUCUAACAGAGAGCUAGACGCUGACUCACCACUGGAAGUAGUCAUUCAAGUUGUCAAAAAUCCUAGGGGCGGUGCUGGUGAUAAGCGAAAACUUAAAAAAACUCUGGUCAGCGAGAUCGUUAAUAAGAAAAAAAAACACUUGCAUGUAGUGCCCAACGUAAACAAUAAACUAUGCUUUACCAUCAGCUUGGCUCUGCUCAUCAACACCGACUUCACCUACAUACAAGCCGUCGAGCACGCUAGAGAGCUUCAUCAUUUAGCGGGUCUGACCGGGCCACCACCUCAUGAUAUCUGCCCAAUGACAGGGAUCGCCUUUGAGGAAAUGCAUUCGGCUAGCCAGGAGAAGCUGCAUCAGUUGAGGUCCACGCAUGGACUGCAUACAGAGGUGAUGACGGAGCAUGCGUGGACUCUGAUGAAAAAAACACACGCGGGGGUGCGAGAGUUUAUGAAGAAAUAUGAUCCACCUGAACCUCUGGCUCCUCGAGCCGCACUGUACGGGGGGCGGACCAGCGCGCUGAGGCUACGGUGUGGCCAAUCAGCUUCCUUUAAAAAGGACUGCUUCUGUCCUGUCAGGCCCAGAGAUCAGGGGCUUCCUCCGAGACUCAACAACCUGCAGACUGUCCUCAGAGACCACCAUCACAUCCAGCAACCAUCCAGCCAGCCGACCAAUCACAGCAGGCAGACGCUUUUGGGCCAUCCAGCCAGCCAACCAAUCACAGCAAGCAGACGCUUCUGGGCCAUUCAGCCAGCCGACCAAUCACAGCCGGCAGGCAUUUCUGGCCUAGCAUCAGCCAACCAAUCACAGCAGGCAGACGUCUCUGGACCAGCAUCCAGCUCUCCGACCCUCUCUCCAGGUCUGAACUCUCUGCUUUCUAGCAGCAACGAUGACAUAGAAGCAAAUGCCACGCUAUUAUACGACAAGGAGGAGCAGGGGAGGUGGCGGGCGGCAGAGAAGCGGCAGCAAGCAGGGUUUAGGAUUACCCCUCAAGAGAUUAGCUUUGAGGGCAAUCCUGUGAUAUAG